AUGAAAUCCUCAGCACCACCAGCUGCAGGAGGGCCGCCAUCAUCAUCAAGAGCAGUAGCAUCGAAGACGGAAGUUCUGGAUCCUCCACUUCACGCAAUUGGCUUUGAGAUUGAAGAGCUGUCACCGAAGCAGGUCACCGGCCGACUUCUGGUUACCCACAAGUGUUGUCAGCCGUUCAAGGUGUUGCACGGAGGGGUAUCGGCACUGAUAGCGGAGGCACUGGCAAGCAUGGGAGCUCACUUGGCAUCAGGGCUGCGGAGGGUGGCCGGUUUGCAACUCAGCAUCAACCAUCUCAAGCGUGCAGAGCUCGGCGACCUUGUUCUCGCUCAAGCCACCCCUCUCAACGUUGGCAAAACCAUCCAGGUAUGGGAGGUGCGACUCUGGAAGAUUGAACCAUCAAACUCAGAUAACAAAUCUCUGAUAUCAACAUCAAGGGUUACUCUUCUAACUAACAUGCCCGUGCCAGAACAUGCCAAAGAUGCUGGUGAAAAUCUCAAGAAGUAUGCAAAAUUAUGA